UACGGAAGCCGUGACCUGUUACCGCUCCCGCUCGGCGCUUGACGACUGACGCUUCACUCUUCACCGCAACCACAAAUAAUAUACUCAUUUAUACUUUUCGCUCUUAUCUUGCGAAAUAGGACCUCGGGCAUAAGUUUAUCGGGAAUUUUAUAUUGGGAACGCGAAUUAUUGUAAAUACAGUAAAUGCAAUCUAAGUCCUUUGUCUCGCGUUACGGGGCUUGCGGUCGAGUUACAUCGUUGUGAUAUGCAGGCGGUUGUGCAAUCUGCUGAAUAUCAUCAACCUACAUUAGUGAUGAGUGAAUUAAUUAAAUAAAUUUUGUAUAUGCAGUAUGUGAUUGUGUAAGAAAACUCAUACUGGGAUACAUUUGUUCAUAAUGAGUGCUGCUUUAGAGAGUUGCGAUGGGGGCUCAAUGUGCCUGGAGUUGGCUCUGGAGGGCGAACGAUUGUGCAAGGCGGGCGACUGCCGUGCGGGCGUGGCGUUCUUCCAGGCGGCCAUUCAGGCCGGCACCGACGACUUGCGCACCCUUAGUGCCAUCUAUAGUCAGUUGGGGAAUGCAUACUUCUACCUAGGCGACUAUAAUAAGGCCAUGCAAUAUCAUAAACAUGACUUGACAUUAGCUAGGACAAUGAAUGACAAAUUAGGCGAGGCCAAAGCUUCAGGCAACCUCGGCAACACACUGAAAGUGAUGGGCAAAUUCACGGAAGCCAUUCAGUGCUGCAAGAGGCACCUGGAGAUUUCCCGCGCUCUCGGAGACCAGCUGAGCGAGGGUCGCGCUCUCUACAACUUGGGCAACGUGUACCAUGCGCAGGGCAAGCAGCUCGGCAGGGUCGGCCACAACGACCCCGGACACUUCCCGCAGGAGGUUCGCGACUGUCUCAUGCAAGCUGUCGCUUAUUACGAAGAGAAUCUCGAGCUGAUGCGAAAACUGCGCGACCGCCAGGCUCAGGGACGCGCCUGCGGGAACCUGGGCAACACAUGCUACUUGUUGGGCGACUUCGCGCGCGCCAUCCGCUACCACACGGAGCGGCUGCACAUCGCGCAGGAGUUCGGCGACAAGGCGGCCGAGCGACGCGCCAACAGCAACCUCGGCAACUCACACAUAUUCCUCGGACAGUUCGAGAACGCCGCCGAACAUUACAAACGCACUCUGGCGCUGGCGGAGGAGCUCGGCGACGCGGCGGUGGAGGCUCAGGCGUGCUACUCGCUCGGCAACACGUACACACUGCUGCGCGAGUACCGCGCGGCGGAGGAGUACCACGCGCGCCACCUGGCCGCCGCGCGCCGCCUGCGAGACCGCGUCGGCGAGGGCCGAGCCUGCUGGUCCCUCGGGAAUGCGCACGCGGCGCUUGGGAACCAUGAGAAGGCGCUGUAUUACGCCACUGAACACUUCAACAUCUCCAAAGAGCUUGGGGAUGUCCUGGGUAUGGCGACGGCCCAGAUGAACAUGAGCGACCUGCGCAAGGUGCUGGGCAUGCCGCCCGAGCCGGAGGCGCCGCCCAGCGCCCCGCCGAAUGUUGAUGACGACGCGCCGCGCACGCCUUUCAACGCGCUGCGCGUGCGCAGGCAGAGCAUGGAACAACUCUCGCUUAUACAGAUCACACCAGAGGCGAAAAAGAAAGAGGAACAAGAAGUGGAGAAGAAGCAGGAGAUGGUUCGAACGGAGUCUGAGGAGAACCCGGUGGAAUCGUUCUUCGAACUGUUAUCACGGUGCCAGUCGGAGCGCAUGGACGAGCAGCGCGCCACGCUGCAUGCCAACAAGGAGAACCGGCCCAAGAGCAAGCUCGGCGCCAAGCUACAACGCUCAGCCAGCAGCGGCAAGAACGGCAGUUCAAAUGAAGCGAUGCUGAACAUGAUAUCCGGGCUGCAAUCUGAGCGCAUGGACUCGCAGCGCGCCGAGCUGCGCCCCGCUGCCUCCAAGCCGGCCAAGGACGGCAAGGGCGCCUCGCUGCCCGGCCUGCGCCACCAGCACACUGCCGGCGCCAAGCCCGAGGACGACUUCCUUGAGAUGAUCGCACGUGUGCAGGGCUCGCGCAUCGAAGACCAGCGCACCGAGAUGCCGCGGCCGAAGCCGGAGGAGCGCCCGCGCACCGUGCCCGACGACGAUUUCUUCGCGCUGCUGAUGAGGGCGCAGGCGGGACGCAUGGAGGACCAGCGCGCUACUAUCCCCCUGCAGGAUAACCGCAACAAGAACGCGUCCAACAACAAGAAGUAAAGUGCGCUGACUCCUGCGACUGUUUAGUAUCGCACUCCUCUCGUGCCCUUUACAUUGAUGUUUCUUUGUAUGUUUAUCACUAGCCCUUAGUGCCGAGAGUUAUCUCCGUCGGACGUGACAGACGGAGGGCGGACAGAGGUCCAGUCAUUUUACUUUUAGCUGUUAUCAUAAGAAGGAUCUUUACUUACUUUAAGUUAGUUUACGAACUCAGAGAAUCUUACAGGUACCACAGUUUCUUUUAAUACCCGUGUCAUAUAUUUUUACAGUUCCACUAGUUUUUUUUUUUAAUAUCAAUCUAGGCCUUUCUAGUUGUUGGUAUUUAAGACUUUUAUCAUUCUUUAUUAUAGCAACUAAAAUUAAACCUUUAUUACGAAAUCCUCUAUAGUGCAAACCACGCGUGAGAACUAUUGCAAUCGAACGGCAAACUUCAGUUUUACGUUGCGAUUUCUCUAGUAUGUGUUGUGGUUGUACGAGAACAACUAUGGCAACCGUCUGUCAUGUGCGAUAACUCAGAGGUGUAUGCCCCAAGUAGAUGUGCUAUGUGUAUAAUAUCCUAUGUGUAGUAGAUCGGUGUUUCCGUUUGUCCCCACCCCACCCCGCCUCUGGAAACUAGACUCGUGCCUAAUGAGGACUAAUUGUGGGAGAAAAUGUAGGGCCUAUAGAAUAACCCCACCAGUGGGCGCGGAUCUUGAGCGUUUUGUGCCAAGAAGCGGUAGCGAGGGAGCGAAGUACGAUAUUAUGCGGUGCUGUGCGUCACUACGGUGAUCUAAUCUCAUGUUGUUCCGUAUAUAAAUUUACCAAUAAUUCCGUUUUCAUGCGCCUGCGCAACCAACUUGUACAAUUUUGUGCAGCGUUCAAGAUACGUGGCCCGACCAACGCGUAGGAUGUAUUCUCGAAUAGUUAAUUAAAUCUUGCUGUUUUCUAUUUGACAAACAUUCCAUUUUAUUUGCAAUUCUAUUUGAUUAUUAACUCGAAUGUAAUGUAAUGUCGAUCAAAAUUGGCAGACAAUACUAUGUAAAAAUGUAGCGGUUGUGAUAUCUCACGUGACAACCCGUAUUGUAAAUGUAAAUAAUAUAGAACACUGUACUGUGUUCAAUCCAACAUACAUUUCGGUCAAUUACAGUAAUGUAUAAAUAUUUAAUGUAUAAAUAUAUAAAAUCAGAUUAUUCUAUAAAUUUAAUGAUAUAAUAUCUCUCGGGCGACGCGCGAGUUUUGUGUAAAGGCUCGCGCACAGGAAGGGCGCGCGUCGCGUCCCGUCAUUGAACUAUUUGACGCCGCGUCGCACUCCAGCGCGUGACGGUUGUGCGUAAUGCCAAACGGCACGGCCGGGUCACCGAGCCUUUACUCUUUAAUAAUAUUCACUGGAUUUAUGUUACAUUUAAAAACAUUUACACAUAUUAUUAGUGAUGACAAAGUAUACUAGUUGGUACGUAACGAACACUGACUGCUUUAUAAAUAAUUUAGUGUUUCGCCGAGUGAGAGCGGCGUCGCGGCGCCGAGCUCCCGUCGCGUUCACCGGUAGCGAGUAUCUAGUUGGUACACAACACAUCUCAUUCCUCCGUAUCCCUGCUGCAUUCUGUAUCACAAUCUAGAUUUCAAGCGGGAUAUCUGUAACGCACAAUCUAAAUAUAAUAUAUACUAAAUUAUAAUGUUAGUAUGUAACUAAGAAAUCCACAGUUACAUUAAAUUAGGGCAACAAGCGACUUCUUGUAACUGUAGUCAUAGACAAUUCACGUACAAUAGUUCACGCGACGGAAGAUCGGCGACGCAUUAUAGUUUGGAGGCUGUAAAGUAAUUUGUAGCGUAUAAAUUAAAACUCACAUUUAUCCAUUUGGGUAUAUAUCUGUACUGCCGCGGGUACAUCCGCGUCAUCGUGUUCACAGGUAACGCCACUACCGAUUAGUCGCUUUAUACUUUAUUGAUGUCGGUGGGUGGCGGCGCACACACUAGUCUGCUAAUAUACUCAGGCGAGUCUCAACACGUCGGUAUACAUCCACACUCAUUAUUACACAAUGAGUUAAUCAAUUUAGGGCCUGUUUCACACAGUCCGGGUAAUCAUUAAUCGUCCAAUGUAAUAUAGGGCAUCCAAAUACAAAAGCCAAGCUCCCAAAUAAAUGUAAAUAAAAAGCAUCUCCAUUACCUGUUUUAUACCUUACCGGCGAAUGACAUGUAGUUAAACAGUGUGAAACAGGGCGUUGUUGAUCACCUGCAUUAGACACUAUAUCUGUUAAUGAGUAGUCGGGCCAGUGCCGGUGCGGUGCGUGCGCUGCAACCCACCGCCGUGUGUAUACUUGAGUAAGUUUGCUAAACUUGUAUUUAUUCAUUUCAAUAGGUUUACUGUAGUAUAGGCGAUAAUUUUAAUGAAGUUUUUUGAAGAUUUUAAAUUAUUUAUUAUUAACACCAAUUUUGGCAAUAAUUUAUACAUUAUGAUCAGUUUAUACGGUUUAGACGUUAAGUUAUAUUUAAGGUUAUAUCUUUUGUAUUAAUUGUACUGAUUUACGCGAGUUUAUGUGCCAUUCUUCCCUUUUGUGUUCCAUUAUUUUAUACUUUAUAUUUCGGUAAAACUGAUGCGAAUUAAUAUGGCCUCUGAAGUAACUAGCCAGUUUAGUUUUGUAUUGGAUUGGAUAAGACUAUCCUCCCAAUGCUCCACCCAACAGUUGGGCCCUGACACUGCGAUCUGAACCUGGUGCCUCUCGCGGCUAACUUCAAACCGGCUAUGUAGAUGGCAGUCAGUAGUAUCGCAGGGAAGCAGUCACGCAAACUCGCACCUUCCACAACACAUGUUCAUUUGAGGCUCGUACAACGUGCUAUAUAUAUAUAUUUAUUAUUUCUCAAUGAAUUUUCUGAUAUUUUGGUGAAUAUUUGAAAACAAUUUAUUACCCUUGUAAGUUCACUUUACAUUUACAACUUUAAAGUAUAUUUUUUCGAUGACGAAAAAUUUGAAACAUUGCCAAAUUUUUUAAAACUUUAUAUUCCUUAUGAUAAAGCUCCUGAAGAAUGCCGUGUCAGUGUUUAAUGACAGUGCAUUCAUACACAGAGUACGAAUCAAUUACUAUAGACAUUGUAAACAAACAUUGGACAUAUUAACUGUAGUAAUGCGCGAUGGUUUCCAUUAUUGUAUUAAUGCCAAACCGUGACUAGUUCUGGUGAGGCUCGAAAAAUUAUUAUCAAAUCAUUUCAUGCCGUGCCUUCGAAUCACACCUUUCGUUAAAAAAAAACAAUGCUUUUCUUGUGUACAGUUUACUGUUAUCUCCACGAUUUCUUUACACUGCCUAUAGUCCAGUUCUAUCGUGAAGUAAAUUUUGUUCCGUCGCUCUGUGUUCAUUCCAAACGCAUUUAUUGUAACGCUCACUUUGAAUUACUAUUUAUUAAUUAAACCCUUAGGUUGUUGUAGCGUGCUAUAAGACAGCGUAUUGUUAUAACACGACCUAAAGUCUAAAUCAUUCGUAGUGACUACAUACAUAACCACCUGAAUAUAGCUGCUGUUCCUUUUACUAUUUAACCAGCGUUGUGUAAAUGAGCUCAUAAUUUAGACUCUGUGGUGUCCUUUGCAUAUGCUAUUUAUUUUUACAUUGGAAUUGGAGUUGGAUUAUUUUAGAUCUCGAAUAAAAAUGGCCAUAUUGGCACUAUCUAUAUUUUCAUAUUUUUUCUAAAGCUUUAUUAUAUACAAUGAAAAUUCUUAUAUACCGUAGUGAGACGCGCGGUUGGCGACGGUAAUGGAGUCCAUAUUAAGUUGAGGAUCAUUGCUUGAGCAUAUGUUGGUAACAAUAUAAAAUAAAAGGUGGACCCACGUCGAUGUGUUACGCCGUCUAUACUUAGAGCAUAAUUGACAGACAGGCGUGACGUCACUGCGUCGUAAUGCGCGACAAUCACUUAGUGACGGCCGCGCACCGCAUGGGAGUGUCUGCCUCUAAUAGUCUAGUAUCUGUUUCCACCUCGGCACGCCCUCGUCUACGAACGUAAUCGUCGCGGUGAAUCGUUUAGGCGUCGUACGUAAUAUUAUAUACCCGGUGCAUGUAGCCGAAACGAACAUUUGUAUUUGCGCAGCUGCUGCUGUGCCUCAAUGUAUGUCGUAUGACCUGUAAGCCUAAGGCGAAGUCUUAGUUGACAGCUCGCACUCACUUGCGACAAAAACGACCUGGCUCUAUUAUGCUUGUGUAUAACACGAUACAUGUGUGCUAUUGCCGAUUAAGACAGCGCUGUAAAAGGCCUGCUUGGUACUAAAUAGGUUUGGAUUCAUUAGGCAAAAGGCCAGUGCGUUCUACAUGUGUCAGAUUUGAGCCAUAAUAUCAAAAAUGGGGUUUGCCAAUCAUACAAUCGAACUUUCUUUUUCUUUGUUUCCAAAAAUAAUUAAAUAUACCUUUGUAUCCAGAAACAAAAUUUAAAAACUUAAUUUUGUGCGGUUUCCAUUUCAAAACAAUUGAAUUACAUUUAAUAUUUUUCUAAUACACAAUUUUACUGUACAAAAUGUUGGCAACACUAGUCAGUCACGCUUUGCGCGUAAUGCCUAAUGAAUGCAGAGCUUGGGCUGUGACUUAACAUUGAUACUGGUAAAAGUAACGACUGAUGCCCUCUACUUAACAAUGCGUGUACUUAAACAACGCGCGACGAUUGCGCUUUAUGUUUGCUAUAUUAUGCUACUUAGUACAAACAGAACGCUACAUUACACUUACGAUUUGUUCGCGUAACUAUGAUGCGGCUGUAAUGUCAAUAGUCAUAGUCAAUACAUUAAAAGUAUGGCUGCUUUUUUUAAUAUUUUUGGAAGCGUUAAAUUUUUUUCUGGAAUAAUUAGCGCUUAAUAAUAACCAACUGUAUAGCCGUAAUUUUUUAAAGCUGACAGUCCCAGACGCCAGAAGACGUAAACGUCGAUUUUGAGCUGAGCUAAUUAACGUUUUGUGUCAGAAUACAUAAAUUAUUGUCUAAAUUUACUGGCUGUCUGCUUGUAUGUUUGAUGUUAUCUGUAAUCUGGCCCCACCCAAAUACACGAGAAUAUAAAGACGUUGAUAACUGAAUGUGAUAAAAAUAAAGACGUGAAUAAUAGGAUAUACAUUUGUCGCCAUUGGUAAUUAAGUAUUGUUUGAACUUUAAUGAGUUUCACCUGCUUAAUGCCGCCAGGCAGCCAUUGUGUGGUUUAAAUUGUAUUGCAAGUGAAGUUUCUGCGGAUGUGCGCCUUCAAAUUUCACAUCUAUCGCAGCGUGUUAAUCGGCCACCUAACACCUGCUAAGGCGAGCCAUUUGCUUGUGUUUUCAUUGAAUUCUAUAAAUUACAUCUGAAUAAACGCUAAUAUCUUUGCCACAUACGUGGUUAUAAAACUAUGCCAAAACGUGUUUCAUGUAUUGAAUUAUAGUAUGUGUAAGUACUUGUUAUUGUAGAAAAUAAAUGCCAAAAAUGCAUUGGAUACAU